AUGAGCGCUAUUCCCUCGCCAUUCGUCUACUAUGAACACGCUGUGCAAGUACCGUCGGCAUCCGUGUACGGAUACGAACGGCCGGUACUUGUGAUGCGAGUUUCGGCUCUAAAAGCGUUUGUGGAGUCGACGACGACGAAAAAACGCAAAAUCGUGGCUGACGCCGAACCAGUGCGGCCAGCAAAGAGGACGCGUUUGGAAAUGGAGCCCAGCGACGUCAAUCUCGAUCUGGACAAGGACUUCAUUUCGGCUCAAGGUAAAUUUUAAAGUAAAUUACGCUUUUUUUUCAACUUUUGCAUCUCUUACACCAAAUUUUCGACGACCAAACUCGAAAAAAGUUACCCUUGCCCCAGUACGGUGUCUUCAAAGCGAUGUAGCUCCGCUGCCGGUUGAGAUAUCAAAAAAGUGUCAACUGAUAACUUGCUGAGCAAGAAAUUUUGUACAUUUUCUCAGUUGAUCACUUUUCGAUAACUUUAGCGGCUAAUGAGAUACAUCGUUUUGAAUCAAUAAAACAUGCGAUUUACCUGAUUAAUUUUCCAGAAAAGCACGACGCCGAGUUUCUGAAAUACCUGGACGAGCUGGAAAAGAGGCACCAGCCCGCCCGUCGGGCUCCGAUCAGGUGCGACUACUACCCGCCGACGGAGCACACCGUCUGGAUUGACAGCGACUCGGACGACGAUGACGUCGUCUGUCUGACGUCUCCGACGAAGAUUGUGACGACGAGCGGAAAGACGAAGAAGGAGCAGAAGAGCGCGAUGAUUGGAACUAACGAGAACCCGAUUUGCCUGGACUAA